ACAAGACAAGUCCCCAUCCUGUUGUGAAAUAGGAUGUCGACGAAUCCUACGCUUAUGGGAAGUGCCUGUUUGUUUUGUUUCUUGUCGAGGUUUUUGGGCAAAAAGGCAUUGCAUCCGAACAAAAGAUGCCGCUUAUAGUUAAAGUGAACCCAGCAGCGAAUUACCCGAAUGAUAGCCUUUUAUCGCCACAACAAGUAGAUCCCGAAUACACAGAGACAUCACCGUUGCUAAAGGAGAAGAUCAGAGCUAAACAUCGCCACUUUCGAGAGGCCGUCACACGCAGACUUCGCCAAAGUCUCAGAAUGAGACGUUUACCCGUGUUGAUGCUGAUUUUGAUCGAGGUUUUUGAACGAUUUGCCUACUACGGAAUAUUGAUCAACUUUGCUUUAUUCCUCAACAAGUGCUGCGGAUGGCCCUUGUUCGUAGCCGUAGCGAGUGCAAUGGCGUUUUCCUCAGUUUCCUGGUUCAUGUGCGCUGUUUGUGGUGUCAUGGCGGAUUCUCGCUUUGGUCGCUAUAACACCAUUGUUUGUGGCUUCCUGGUCUAUUUUAUUGGUGCUGUGAUUCUGGUGGUGGUUGCUUUCUUGAUGGGGCGCUAUUACUUUCAUAGAGGAGAAGGUCUCAUUGACGAGCCAUGGAUUUUAAUGACUCUUCUUGUGGGCUUCCUGUCUGUUUCUGCAGGAGAGGGAGCGGUGAAAGCAAAUUUAUCUGCUUUUGGGGCAGACCAACUCAAGAUGGAUGCCCCGCGACCAGAUUACAGAACAUUGUUUAAUUGCUUUUAUUGGAUGUCCAAUGUGAUUUCACUUCUUUGUCUUGCGGGAGUCACUUACAUUCAACAACUAAAAUGGAACUAUGCAUUUACUAUUGGCUUUGGUCUUCCUGCAUUUUCACUGACAUUAGCCUAUGUAUCAUUCCUAUGCUGCCGCAAAUAUUUUUCUGUUAAUAGACCACUUGGCACCGGGAUUAGAAACGUGUGGUUGAUAGUUAAACAGGCAUGGUCCCGAAGACAUGCUGUUAGAGUGGAAACAAGGUAGGUGCUUCUACAUGUAUAAUACGCUCUUCUCACUGUCUUAUGGUAAUAUGCCCGUCUAACCUCGUUUAUGGGUAAAAAUUCUUUUGAAAUUUAAAUACGAAAACGUCGUCUGAUUAGCAUUUCAAAGGUCUUUUUACUCAAAAAUGAGGUUAGACGGGCAUAUUACCAUACGUGAGAAGAGCGUAUGGGAUAAUUUUGCUACAAGGCCUUUUAAAGCCCUCAAACACAGCCAGCAUUUGCAAUGCCACCACUGGUUUCCUCAUGAAAUGAUGUCUGACAUAACGAGCUGCACGGUCUUAGCAACCAAAAAAACCCCUCAGUAUCCAGCUGAGAUAGCUGAGUAAAAGUCAGCUAUCUCAGCUGGAUACCCAGUAGCUUGCAACAUUCCCUAUUCCCUUAAUCUCUGAUCGUAUUUCGCAUCUAAUAUGAUAGAGGCGUCAAUUUUCACGCAAUCAUGUCAUCAUCCUGGGGUGACAAACAAAAUUAAUUAAAAAUGCGGUAUCAAACAAAAUGUCCGGAAAAAAUAAUUCAGUGCAUUCUAAAAAGAACAUUUUAAAGUCUGUGGUCGAUUUCACUGCCAACGUGUUAUAUAUCCUAGAAGCGCUCAGGCAUAAUAACAUCAUGCCAGGACUUCUACCUGGGUGAACCAGAAAGGAUAUAGAACAACAGCCUAAUUUUUUUUUUUUCGCUACGGGUCGAACGCUAAACGUGUUAUAUAUCCCAGAAGCGCUCAGGCAUAAUAACAUCAUGCCAGGACUUCUACCUGGGUGAACCAGAAAGGAUAUAGAACAACAGCCUAAUUUUUUUUUUUUUUUUUUUCACGGUCGAACGCUAAACGUGUUAUAUAUCCUAGAAGCGCUCAGGCAUAAUAACAUCAUGCCAGGACUUCUACCUGGGUGAACCAGAAAGGAUAUAGAACAACAGCCUAAUUUUUUUUUUUUUUGGGUCGAACGCUAAACGUGUUAUAUAUCCCAGAAGCGCUCAGGCAUAAUAACAUCAUGCCAGGACUUCUACCUGGGUGAACCAGAAAGGAUAUAGAACAACUGCCUAAUCAUGUUUCUUUUUUAUUUCACGGAUCAAAAUACUAAACGUGUUAUAUAUCCUAGAAGCGCUCAGGCAUAAUAACAUCAUGCCAGGACUUCUACCUGGGUGAACCAGAAAGGAUAUACAACAACUGCCUAUUUUUUUUUUUUUUUUUUUUUAAGCACGGGUCGAAAUGCUAAACGUGUUAUAUAUCCUAGAAGCGCUCAGGCAUAAUAACAUCAUGCCAGGACUUCUACCUGGGUGAACCAGAAAGGAUAUAGAACAACUGCCUAAAUUUUUUUUUACGGGUACGGGUCGAAAUGCUAAACGUGUUAUAUAUCCUAGAAGCGCUCAGGCAUAAUGAUAUCAUGCCAGGACUUCUACCUGGAUGAACCAGAAAGGAUAUAGAACAACUGCCUAAUUUUUUUUUUACGGCUACGGGUCGAAAUGCUUAUAAACGUGUUAUAUAUAUCCUAGAAGCGCUCAGGCAUAAUAAUAUGCCAGGACUUCUACCUGGAUGAACCAGAAAGGAUAUAGAACAACUGCCUAAUUUUUUUUUUACGGCUACGGGUCGAAAUGCUUAUAAACGUGUUAUAUAUAUCCUAGAAGCGCUCAGGCAUAAUAAUAUGCCAGGACUUCUACCUGGAUGAACCAGAAAGGAUAUAGGACAACUGCCUUUUUUUCUACGCGUCGAAGUUCUAAACGUGUUAUUCUUAGAAGCGCUUAGGCUUAAUAAUAUGCCAGGUUUCCAGCGACUGAUUUUAGCUGAUUUUGCGGUGCGCAAGAAUGGAUAAUUUACCCGACUUGUAAACAGAUAUUUCCUUCAGCCGAUUGUGUCUCAUGCAGGAGAAUGUCAUGUCUGCGUUGUUUUGUUUCUACUGAAGUUUUAUCAAAGAAAGCUUAAUAGGGAGAUCGCAAUUUAUACUCUUACGAACUAUAAAUUAGGGCUGACCUGGAAGACGCGUUGAAUUGUGCCGCCAUCCUUCAAAAUAUAAUCUGGCUGUGUAGGGAGACAAUUUUCUCUUCCAUCCAGAUUUACUUGGUAUAUGUGUUUGCGAGAAUCUUCAGACAAAGAAUUGGGUAUACACUGAUUCGAAUGGCUUGGCGAUACUAAGUGCUUAAGUCUACUUACCGAUUACAACAUGUUUUGGAAGUAUUGAGAAGCGCCAAAAACGAGGUUGUCACAGCGUUCUCGGCGAACACGGCGCGACCUGGAUUGACAAAAUUACUAUUACAUGCAGCUAUCAUGCCAGUGAUUUCUCCUUUAAAUCGCAUAGUGAAUAGUUUGUGAGCACAUCCUCAACUCUCGAAACAUUUGUCUUGCGCCGCUAUAGAAGUUGCUUCUCCCAAACCAUAGGUAGAUUUCCGCUUAACAUAAUGUUUGAUAAUUUAUGCAAAAGUUGACCUCGUGAAAGUCAGCAGUGCAUUAAUCGACUCAAAAAUAAACAGACUUCCUACAGGGUUUUCAACACGGUUUUAAUUAAAGUAAUUUACGAGCGCUGCGGUAGUUGACCGCAAAAGUGUUACGGUGAUGGAUACUCAACUGGAUGAUUUCGUCACUUCAUAGCAACCAGACGGUACGAAUUUCUUAACUUCCGGAGCGCUGAGGCUCGUAGUGGAACAAGUGCAGAAAUUCCACACUGAUGAUGUAUCAUUACCCAGAUCUGGGUAGUGCCUGUCAUUGGUUUUCUAAUAGGGACAUUUGCUUCAACCAAUCAGAAGCAUCCCCCAGGAAUGUGUAGUGGCACAUCAUCAGUAUGGAAUUUUUGUAGUUGCUCCUUAAAUGUCAUUUUAGCCUGCGAACGGCAGACGUUUCUCCUCGCUCAUCGCCGUUGAAGGACAUUUUGCAAGGAGGAACGUCAGCGACUCGGCGACAGAAAUUCCAUACUGAUGACGUAAAUCAAUGUUUACAUAACAGGGCUUCAAAUAAUGGCCGGUCAACGGACAAUGUCCGGUCAGAAUCGAGCAUUGUCCGAGCAAAUCCGUGGAUGACCGGACAUGUUGUCCGGUCAUUUGGGUUUUCAAAGAAAAUUCAAUUUUGAGACAAUCAUGAUGGAAAUUUAUUCAAUCUUAUCAUGUUCCCAAAAAAGAUAUUAACUAGAGGGACUUUUGUUUGCGAAAUUGAUGACAUUUCCUGUUGUCAGUCGCGACCGCAAAUUGGCUACUGCUGUGCGUGUUGUAAAGUGCUCAAGAUUGCACGCCCCGCUGCGCCGAAAAUAACCCGCAUAGCAUCUGGUGCCAACAAGAGCGAAAAAAAGAAAGACCCAGAGUGACAGGAUAAUGAAUUAGGCCACCCUCUUGCUCCAAUAAAACUUCACAAAUGUAACAUUAAAAUAAAAGGCUUUGAGUGUUAAUGAAGUAAACAUAAAAAUAGAGUUUGUCUUUAUUUCGCCCUGUCCGUAAAUUUGUUGCGUGUUUAUCACUAAACAACUACGUAAUUCACAAGGUUAACUCAACAUUCAUCACCCUGUUCUCUUUGAAAUACAUUAUGUAUAAGUUUUAAUGCAUUCAAAUGCAAAUGAAUGCCCACUACCACGAUUUUUUGUGCGAAUGGCGAUGUUACUUCGGCCAGCAGGUCGCGCCGAAGGAUACGAUUAUUUUCAUUGCACAACGUGUAAGAGAUGUAACGGAGAAUUUACAAAAUGUAUAUGACACUCAAAAGAAACGUUAACCAACAAAAUUAUAUGAGCUGAAAGUUCAUGCUCCCCAUUCUAAAGACAUUCUAAGAAGCAAUUCUAUAUGUAGACAAAUGGGAAAUGUAUUUCUGGAAAUCCUGAACAAAGUGCAAACAGUAAAUAAAUGAGAGAUUGAUUUAUUGAACCAAACGAUUUCACAAGUUUAUUUGCCCGUUUGAAAUUAUUUGUAGAAACAAAGCAGCAUUUGCUAAAAUGUAAAUGUUGUACUAUAAAGUUGAAGGUUACGUUUUGUUAGUGAUUUGGUCAAGUUUCAACCAAACGUUAACGAUGAGGUUGUGUCUUGCAAUCCACGUGGCUGACUUACAAUGUAACAGAACAAAGAGUAAUAAAACUAUCAACUUCUAAUUUUUUGCACACUCGAUUUGUUUUGAGUAACUAGAGUUGCUGUUGCUGAAAAUGAUACAGAUCAUGUAACUUGCAAAAUGGAGCCUCUAUUGCAACUAGUUAAGAUGGAUUAAAUUUGUCCGGCCAAAAAUGCCUAUGUCCGAGCAAAAUCACGUUUGACCGGACAAUGUGUCCGGCGCCUGCCCAAUAGUUAUUUCAAGCCCUGCAUAAUGAAUCCGGUAGUCAUGGGAUUCCAAAUGCAAAUUUGUUCAAUUUUACGUUUCUCCCGGUCAAUUUUGGAAAAGUGUUGUGUUCAUCUGCGAAUGAGCUCCAGCAAAACUCAAAUGCUUCUUCUAGAGGAGACUAUAUAUAUUCCACACAUAUUGACUGUUUUGUUAGAGAUUCAUCGCGUUUACAUUUGACCUUUGCCACCUUUUGUCUUUUGUCUGUCAUUCGUAAACAAUAGCUACAACAAUGAAACUACUCCGUCCACCAAUUAGCACUUCUGACCUGAUUCUGGACAGAUUUUACGUCAUCAGUAGGGAAUUUCUGUCACUGAGUCACAGACGUUCCUCCUCGCAAAACGUCCCUCAGAGGUGAUGAGCGAGGAGAAACGUCUGCCCUUCGCAGGCUAAUGUCAUUUUGCAUGGAAACCAGUGGUAGCAUCGCUGUUUUCUCAGGGUAGGCCAAACAUAAUUCAGCAAGCGUUACACUUUGUCUGUACACAGGCUACACUUUGUUAGAAGGUUGAUUAGAAGAAACUUGCUCAGUUAAUAAUAUUAAUUUUUAACUUUGCUUUUAUGUAGCUCUUGUAAUGCUUAAAGUUAUAAUCUUACGGUCACUCGUGAAAAGGUUUUUAAAACACACUGAUGCCGAAGGAGCACUUUUCUUACUUCACCGCUCCCAACAGGAUCGAUUACCAGCCAUUGUUCAGGAAAAUGAGCCCACUCUCAGGAUCAAAGAACAGACCUGGGCGAUGGCAGAAAUCAAGCCACUAUCUCAGAAGAAAAAUAACAGAGAUUCUGUACCUACAUGUAGCCUGGUUUUCUUUCCCAUUAUUUAUGUUUUCUCUAACCAAAGUUUCUCAGGCAUCUUAGUGUGGAAAAUAGUAUUAUAUAUGUUACAGGUCAAAAUUGAAUUCAGAUUAAAAUUUUUUGAUCUAGGAUUCUCAACCUCCUUCGUCUCUUCGCCCACAUUCAUGAUGAUUAGGGCUAGGAUACAAAGAAAAUUGAGAAUCAGCCUAGGUUAGAAAAUUUUCACCUGAACUUAAUUUUGACCUGUAACAUAUACAAUAAUAAUAAUAAUAAUAUAAUAAUAAUAAUAACAAUAAUUUUUAUAGUUUUAGUUUUGACAUAAUCUAUUGUGUUAACUCUUUUUGGUAGGUUCAUCCACUUUGUAUACUUUAUGCAGUCUGAAAUAUUUUUAUUUUUAAGCGCUGAUGAAAAUUGAUAUCUGCACUAUAUAAGUUUUUAUUAUUAUUAUAAUAAUAUAAUGUGAGACUUGAGAUCAGAGGUUGUCAAGAAAGGUAAUGUUUGCAGGUUUAAGUUUGUGUAUGUGAUAUAUAACAAAGCUGUGGUCUGUGAGAACUUCAAGGAUGCUCAGUGCUCUAUAGCUGUGAAACACAGGGUACCCAGCAUAUGGGAAAACUGACAAAUUGUCUAGUUGUGUGGGAGCACAGGGUGCUGCUAGAACACAGUGUUAUAGAACUUGGAAUCUUCCAAGCUGUAACACCAGUCAAAUUCCAUUUUUAGGGAACUAAUUCCAAGAAGUAUUACAAGUAAUUCAUCAUCAUCUGAAAGUGAUUGGCUUGAUAGGGCUGCGAUCACAUAUGGCGGGAUAUUUUUGGAGGGAGAAGUGAAUGAAGUCAGGUGUUUAUGGAAAGUUGUGGUGUUUUCUAUUCUACUCAUCCCUUACUGGAUGAUUUAUGCACAGGUAAAUAGCAUUCAUUUGUAUAUAGUUCUCUUAAGCUUUUAGCAGUAAAAAGUUUGGAUCAUUAUACAUUUCUGGGAAACUGCCCACCUAGCCCUCCCCUAAGCCAACUUUAACAUUUACUUCUCAUGUAUGGCAAAAUGCAGUUUCCCGGUAAUUAUAAUGAUCCAAAAGUUUUACCCUUUGUCUCCUAAAGGUGGCCAUUAAAUUUCAAAACUAAAGAAAUAAAUAACACUGUUCAAUAAUUCUGCCAAUGACCUCUAGUUGCACAUCAAAUUUUAUCUCAGGUUAAUUUUGAUUUAACCUAGAUUGAUUCUUGAUUCCCUUUACCUCCUAGCCCCACAACACAAAGGCCGAAAUUGAGAAUCAACUUACAUGUAGGUUAAAAAUUUUUUUCAUCAGAAAUCAAAAAAAUAAUGACCCUGUAACGAAGCAAGAGUGAAAUUCAGAUACAUGUAGUUGAUACUGAUAAAAGUAAAUAAAUAAUAAGUGUCCAAAAUAUAUCAGAAAGCUGUCUCUGAACGAUAGUCAGUCAAAGAAAAAAUAGUGACUCAGGAACAGUGGGGAAGGAGUCUGUCUUAUGAAAAUUUCUUAAGAGAGCCUUGACUUUAUGUUUUGUACUAGCAGUACAGGAUUUGAAAGCAGGGUGCAUAGAAAGCCAGUUUUACAGCCUUCCAUUCGGGCGAGCUGUAGCUAGCAUGUAGUAGCCCACAAGUCAUUUCAACUCGCCCCAAAACCCUCUUUGAUUAGCAUGAGUGAUUACAAUCCUUCUGUAAUUUGGAUUCCCCCAAAAUACAGCACUUGCCCCUGGGGCAAGUUAAGAACAAAAAUCACUAGCCCGAUAGCAAAAUCCACUAGCCCUGGGCUAUCAGACACGACUUUCUUUGCACGCUGUGAAAGGUUCCUCAUAUAGAUGCAUGAAUGUUAUUGACUUUGAUUCUGGUAAAUAAAUGACCUCUGCAAGGGGUGUCAAAACAUCAUGGACUGGCUGCGUCAUUAACAAGAAUGCAGGACUACACGAUAUCAACCAUCAUUAACAUUUACCCACCUACCUUGUUGCUCAGUGGGUCUCAGCCUCAAGAGUACAGCACUGUACAUUGUAUGCCCAUCAAUAAUUAAUUUAUCUUUAAAUUUUUAGCUUUACAGCACAUUUAUCCUACAAGGGUUACACCUUCAGGCAGAAUAUGGAGACUUCAUUGUGCCUGCUGCAUGGCCUAGUCUUUGUGAGAUCGUUAUUCUGUUGAUCCUGGUUCCAGUAGUUGAGAGAGGUGUUUAUCCUGGCUUGUCUAACAAGUGUGGAUUCACCAUCCCAAUGCUAAGCAGGGUCAUCGUAGGGAUGUUAUUGGCAGCUGGUUCUGCAGGAAUGGGUAAUUGAUUAUCAUGAUAAUUAUAUAACUGAGUAAAUUGAUAUACAAGAUUAAUUUAAUCACUGUAGCUUUAAAAAAUACAGCAAAUAAUAAAAUAUAUGCAUUCAGUAUAUACUUCCUAUUAGCUGAGUCGAAUUCCAUAUCAUGUAAUUAUUCAUACAGCUAGGAAGGACAAUGACCUGUAACUCACUUGUAAUAGUUACCAAGAUGUCUUUUUUUCUGUGGAACAAGAAGUAGGUCUCUGACAAAGGACUCAGAGGCCUUUGAUUAAGAAUCUACAGUUUCUAUGGGAGCAAAGAGACAAAAACCCAUCAUAAGGAUCUGCAAGUUGGGAAACCACAAGAAAACUACAUGUACGUAAUUGUGUUCAGUAAGUUAUGGGUGAAUACGAUCUAACAGCGGUGUAUGACAUUUGCAGACUGCAGACUGCAGACCGCAGACUGCAGACUGCAGACCGCAGACUGCAGACUGCAGACUGCAGACUGCAGACUGCAGACUGCAGACUGCAGACCGCAGACUUCAGACUGCAGACUGCAGACUGCAGACCGCAGGCUGCAGACUGCAGACUGCAGAUAUUUUUGUGCAAAGUUACAUUGGCCUCAUUCCCAAAAUGCUGUUGGCUAUUCUUCACCGACCCUUUAUCAUCUCACCCGGCAUAUCACUAAUUGCAUUCUUCAUUCUUCUUUGAUUAUCGUGAAUUGAUAAUGACAAGUAGCAACGCCCACUAAUGCCUGUCUAAAUAGUAGUCUUCUGUAAAAAAAAGUUUUUAGAUUGCGAGCCGCUUCGUAGGAUAGAUCAACGACAUUUAACACCUUUUAAAUGACGUAUUUCAUCUUAGAAGUAUUUAGGGAUAUGCCAAAUAAUCGAAAACAAACAGAUCCUAUCUGGACUCGACGAAUUCCCAGAAGUGCAUUCUGAAUUUCUAAAUACGCAAAUCAUUGCUCAUACUUAAGUCCUAGUACACAGGUGGGGCCCCCGUAGAAUAGGGAUUCCGGCGCUGUUUCACAGACAGACUUGUAGUUUAGUUUCGUCUGUGGUGCAGGCUAAAUUGCUAGACUGUUGCUAUGGAUUCAUGAGCAAGUUUGUGACAUCGGCAGACAUUAUUCUACUCUAAUUCAAUACGAAAAGAACAGCCAACAGCUCCUUUAAGAAUGAGGUCGGUGUAAUUUGCGUGAAAAAUAUAAACUUCGCUUCUAGGCCUUACUUUUCGGAACAAGGUAAUGUUGACGAUGACGCCACCUUUAUUACGAUGUUUUUGGUUUCAUUCAAUUUACAGUCAUGCUGCCUCAUGCAGUCUGCAGUCUGCGGUCUGCAGUCUGCAGUCUGCAGUCUGAGGUCUGCAGUCUGCAGUCUGCGGUCUGCGGUCUGCGGUCUGCAGUCUGCAGUCUGCAGUAUGUCAUACACCGAUCUAACAGUACGUAUGUUUGAUAUUUUUGAUGAAGCAGUGAUUUCUUUUUUCGGUAGCUGGCCUUGUGGAGAAAAAGAUGACAAGUAGCUUCCUUGAUUCUGGCGCAGAUAACCACACAGCAAGUGGAAAACCUUACUUUUUUGUUAGGAACUUCUCUAUCUGGUGGCAGAUUCCUCAGUAUUCACUGAUGGGCAUGAGUGAAGUCUUUACUAGCAUUCCAGGUAAAUAAAAUAAGGGAUUUGAAACAGUAUUUGAACUCGUGCGGAAACGAUUACUAAGCCAAUGAAAGGGGCGGUAUUACGAGAUUUCUUCCGAUUUGUUUUCUUCGUUUUAUCCCUGAUAUUUGAUUACCGUAUUUGCAAGAGAAUUUUUAAUGCGUGGUUUUAGUCUGAGAAAACAGCCGACAUUUGGCGACGCUAUUACUGGUUUCCCCGCCAAAUGACAUCUGAGAAACGGGCGCAGAAAUUCCAUACUUAUGACGCGUUACUACCCAGAUCUGGGUAGUGCUUCUGAUUGUAGAUCGAGUCGCGUGGGAAAUUUUAUUCAACCAAUCGGAGGCACUACUCAGAUCUGGGUAGUGACGCGUCAUCAGUAUGGAAUUUCUGUGCUCGUUUCUCAGACGUCAUUUGGCGGCAGUUUUCUCAGGCUAGCGUGGUUUCUGGUUUCAGUGAAGUGUUUUUGUGACUCGAAAAACUACUAGGCCCGGUUUCCCAGCGAAAUGACGUCUGAGGAACGAGCGGAGGAUUUGGCAUGUCACAACCCAGGUCAGGGGUAGUGCUUUUGAUUGGUCGUGGCCCAAAGGAAAUAUGCUUCAAACAAUCAAAAGUACUAGCCAAAUCUACCGGUGGGUACUGACGCGACAUGAUCAGUAUUUCGCCGCUCGUUCCUCAGACGUUAUUUCGUGGGGAAACCAGUGGUAUGAAAUGUCGGCUGUUUACUAAGGCUUUAAACCAGUGGCCCCAAGUACGGGUGAUAAAUAGUAGUUAAGCGCACAUCCUUAAUAUUGUGGUGUCUGUCUGAAUUAUUUCAAUUGUAUUGUAUGUUGCCUUUGUUCACCAGCUUUACAACUAGUACUGGCUAUGUGCCCUUCCACGCCUCAGAGCGUUACCACAGCAGUGUACAAUUUGAUGAUAAGUGCUGGAAGUGUCAUGAGCCUGUGUGUAUUGGCUCUGACUGCUUAUCAGUGGGGAUGGUACCCCAGAGCUGAUAAUGACGUACGUCAGCAUUACCUAGGCAACGGCAAGGUCGCUUGUUACUAUUGGUUACUUGCUGUACUGAUGCUGAUCGGAGCAUUUUGGACAUACGUUAUAGGAAGAAGUUACAAUAUUGGACUUAACAAAAGUGAAUUUGGUCAUCAACAGUUGAUCAAUGAGGAGCCUUUAGGACCUGAACGGCUGCCGACUUUGCAGGAAGGCAGUAGGGUGGAUCAUGAAGCACAGACAAGUCAAUUUGUGGAGCUUAGUUGAAGCAGCCUUUAAAACUAAUGUAUUAUAAGAUUGUGAUUAUUUUAACUAUUUUUUUACAAUAAUUUAAAUCUGUUCAUAAAUUUAGGAAGUGGAUCUGGUCAACCGCAAUUCAAGUACCAGUAUAAGUAUAUUCAUUAAAUUAAAAUUACUUUACCUGGCUUGUAAAAGAAUAAUUUUUUUUUCAAUAAUUUGUGCGUAUAUUGUGAGAAACAAGGGUGAAGUUGAGAU